CUUGACUUCACUCACAAUUUUCAAAGAACAAGUUUCUGUGGUUCAGAUCGGAUCAUAAUUAUUAUUUAUUUUUUAUAUUAAAUUGAAAUUCGAAAGUGUAUUCAAAAUGAGAUUAAACUCAAUCGUUCCAAAUUUCAAGGCUGAUACUACGCAAGGACCCAUUGAAUUUUACGAGUGGCAAGGAAAAUCAUGGGUGGUGAUAUUUUCACAUCCUGCUGAUUUCACUCCAGUUUGUACAACAGAACUGGGUCGACUUGCUGUUCAUCAACCACAUUUUGAUCGUCGAAAUGUAAAAUUAUUGGCACAUUCCGUUGAUGAAUUAAAAGAUCAUGUCGAUUGGGUGAAUGAUAUUAAAUCUUAUUGCCAAGAUAUUCCCGGCGCAUUUCCAUAUCCAAUUAUCGCCGAUGGAGAUCGCAGUUUGUCUGUACAAUUAGGAAUGUUAGAUCAGGAAAAUCAAAAAGAUCCAGAAUACGCUGAUACCGUCAGGGCUCUUUAUAUUAUUAGUCCUGAUCAUCGUGUUCGUCUAUCUAUGCACUAUCCAAAAUCAACUGGACGUAAUGUUGAUGAAAUGUUACGUGUGAUUGACUCUCUUCAAUUAGUUGAUAGAAUACCCGAAAUUGCUACACCAGCCAAUUGGGUUCCCGGAGAAAAAGUAAUGAUUUUGCCAUCAGUGAAAGAGGAAGAUCUUCCUAAAUUAUUCCCAGGAGGAGUAGAUACAGUUUCUAUGCCAUCGGGAAAAGUUUACGUUCGUACGACAACUGAUUAUUAAUAUUGUACUAACCCAUUUCUUUCGUAACUUUAAAUAAUAAUUGUAAUUUUUAAGUAAAAUUAAAUUAAGUUUAUAUUUUAAUAAACUUUCUUUCAUUUUAAAUAA